CAACUUCCCCAAGUACCACCUAUGACUAUCUAUUUCCACGGUCAAACCUUUGUCUAUCUAUCUGGUGUUGAGCGCGCUCUAGCCUAGAUUGAUCAGACAUCACGAGCUGGCUGGUAGUGGCUAUGACUGCGGCUGAUUCGACGAGGUGUACCUUUCCUGACUGCUCCCGAUUAUUACCCUCUCAAUCACUCAAUCCUCCUCGCGCUUUUUGCGAGCCUUCUCCCCAUAUCCCUAGCAAUCGGUGCUAGGUACCUUUGGGCUUCGCUAUUGUUAUUGCCGUCGGACUUGCUUUGGAGGUCGCUGGCUACGUCCUCAGGUUGUUAUUACACAGCCAUCUUAUUAACCGGACCAAUUUGACCAUUUUGCUCAUUGGAAUAACCCUCGGUCAACCUUGUAUUUGUGGCGCUAUGAUUUUGACCGUACCUCAUUUCAUCCAAUUCCUCAGGACCGAGUACCAUUCUUGGAGACCCAUACUCAUCCUCUCCAUGACGGCCAUAAUAUCUCUCACUUUAGAGUUCACUGGUUCUAUGCUGUCAACGGUUGACUAUGCCUCUGCUCCUGCUGUAGCAGGUGCUCGGGCCCCUGCAACAGGAUUGGGAGUUCAACUUCUUACCCUUAUCACAUUUGUUCUUUGCGCAACACUUUUUGUAGCCACUCUGCGGAAUAGGCGACACGAAUUUGACCCGAGAUACGUCGUUUCUUACACGAACACGCGGGCGAAAUGGCUCAAAGCCGCAAUAAUCAGUGCAUCUGCUUCGAUCACCCUGCGAACGGCGUACCGGCUUAUACAGAUAGUAGAGGGAUAUCGAAGACCUGUCACACAAGUUGAACGAUUAUUCUUGGUAAUCGAUGCGGUGGCUAUGUUAGUUGCGACGAUGUCGCUGGCUUUCAUUCCUGUUCGAGCCUCCGGUCAGAUUCGGAUAGAGUCUUCGACUCGCAGGCUGGCAUCAGAGCCCCUGGGAUCAAUCUGCCAGUCACGAGGUCGGCUUCUCAUUGUCCAGUCUGGUCAAAUAAAGAGUCGUAUGACUGAUAAGCCCUCGACAAGCGCCACCCCUUCUAGAAGAGUAGAUCCAUAUCAAUACCAUCCUUCAAGAGACACGGUCGAUAACGAUGAUCUUUUACGAGACGUUAUUUGACCAUAAUCAAAAAUCGGGUUUCGAGGCGAUUGAACGCGGAAUCGAUGGGAAAGCUAAACAGUAGAGGCACACAAAUCAAAUUCCAGCCAAAUUCAGUGUACGCACACUAUGGUCGACAUGCGGCGCUUCCCCCUUGACACCCUUUUACUUUUCUCAGGAAUAAGCUCUGUAGCUCCAGCAAUCAAUUG